AUGGCCAGUACGGCCAAGGAGAAGCUGAACAUCGGCGGUGCAAAGGCCCAAGGACAUGCAGAGAAGACGAUGGCUCGGACUACAAAAGAGAAGAAGAUGGCUAACGAGCGAGAGAAGUCUAAGGAGGCACAAGCCAAGGCUGAGCUCCACCAGUCAAAGGCUGAGCAUGCGGCGGAUGCUCAGGUUCACGGCCACCAUCUUCCCGGUCACUCCACCUACCCUACCCGAACCACCGGUGCUGCUUACCCGCCGGGGCAGCUUUAA